AAAAGGUCAAUAUGACUGAAAAUGUCAAUUGAUUCCAUAUAGGAGCAACUGCCCUUUUAACCAUUUUUCUUUUGUUUUUUGGCAUAAACUAUGAUUGAAAGAGAGAAUCCCCUAAAGCCAAAACAAAUACAUAUUAAUAUUCAUUCAACAGCAAAAUAUUCAUUGUUGCAAGAUCUAUGCAAACAAUGCCAGGUGAGUGUUUUCAGACUCUCAGGAGCCUCUAGUUAAAAAUCAAAAAGGGUCUAGUGAUUGAACUGUGGAAAAACUUUUAAAACCAAAGUGUUAAAAUUACCACAUCAAUAUGUAAUUGAUAAAUGAGCUGAUGAAAUCUUUAUAUAUUGUAUUAGAUACAGGUAUGGAUCAUGUGGAUAUGGAGUUUCUUGAAGAUGAUGGUGACAACAUUUUGAAAAGCAGGAAAAAGGCCAAAAAAAAGAGUCUUAAGCUUAGAUGCAAAAGGAAGAAAAAGGCAAAAUAUAAAGGCGAACAGAAAAGAAUGACGGGUGUAAUAAACUUAGAAACAAAGGAGGAAAGAGUUGAUAAAAUAUUAGAAACAGAGGAGGAAAGAGUUGAUGAAAUUUCAGAAACAGAGGAGAAAAGGGUUGAUGAAAUAUUAGAAACAGAGGAGAAAAGGGUUGACGAAAUAUUGGAAACAGAGGAGAAAAGGGUUGAUGAAAUAUUAGAAACCGAGGAGGAAAGUGUUGAAGAAAUUUCAGAAACCGUGGAGAAAAGGGUUGAUGAAAUAUUAGAAACAGAGGAGAAAAGGGUUGAUGAAAUAUUGGAAACAGAGGAGAAAAGGGUUGAUGAAAUAUUGGAAACAGAGGAGAAAAGGGUAGAAGAAAAUUCAGAAACAAAGGAGAAAAGGGUUGAUGAAAUAUUAGAAACAGAGGAGAAAAGGGUUGAUGAAAUAUUAGAAACCCAGGAGAAAAGGGUUGAAGAAAUUUUAGAAACAAAGGAGGAAAGGGUAGAAGAAAUAUCAGAAAUAGAGGAGAAAAGGGUAGAAGAAAUAUUGGAAGCAAAGGAGAAAAGGUUUGAUGAAAUAUUAGAAACAGAGGAGAAAAGGGUUGAAGAAAAUUCAGAAACAAAGGAGGAAAGUGUUGAAGAAAUUUCAGAAACGGAGGAGGAAAGGGUUGAUGAAAUAUUAGAAACAGAGGAGGAAAGGAUUGAAGAAAUUUUAGAAGUCGUGGAGAAAAGGGUUGAUGAAAUAUUAGAAACAGAGGAGAAAAGGGUAGAAGAAAAUUCAGAAACAAAGGAGGAAAGGGUAGAAGAAAUAUUGGAAACAAAGGAGAAAAGGGUUGAUGAAAUAUUAGAAACAGAGGAGAAAAGGGUUGAUGAAAUAUUAGAAACAGAGGAGGAAAGGGUUGAAGAAAUUUUAGAAACCGUGGAGAAAAGGGUUGAUGAAAUAUUAGAAACAGAGGAGAAAAUUGUAGAAGAAAAUUCAGAAACAAAGGAGGAAAGGGUAGAAGAAAUAUUAGAAACAGAGGAGAAAAGGGUUGAUGAAAUAUUAGAAACAGAGGAGAAAAGGGAAGAAGAAAUUUCAGAAACGGAGGAGAAAAGGGUUGAAGAAAAAUCAGGAACCGAGGAGGAAAGAGUUGAAGAAAUAAUAUCGGACAAUCUUAAGCUUAGAUACAAAAGGAGGAAAACGGCAAAAUAUAAAGGUGGACAGAAAAGAAUGAAGGGUGUAAUAAACUUAGAAACAGAGGAGAAAAGGGUUGAAGAAAUUUCAGGAACAGAGGAGGAAAGAGUUGAAGAAAUAAUAUCAGACAAUCUUAAGCUUAGAUACAAAAGGAGGAAAACGGCAAAAUAUAAAGGUGGACAGAAAAGAAUGAAGGGUGUAAUAAACUUAGAAACAGAGGAGAAAAGUGUUGAAGAAAUUUCAGAAACAGAGGAGGAAAAGGUAGAAGAAAUUUCAGAAACAGAGGAGAAAAGGGUUGAAGAAAUUUCAGGAACAGAGGAGGAAAGAGUUGAAGAAAUAAUAUCGGCCAAUCUUAAGCUUAGAUGCAAAAGGAGGAAAAAGGCAAAAUAUAAAGGUGGACAGAAAAGAAUGAAGGGUGUAAUAAACUUAGAAACAGAGGAGGAAAGGGUAGAAGAAAUUUCAGAAACAGAGGAGGAAAGGGUUGAAGAAAUUUUAGAAACAGAGGAGGAAAGGGUUGAAGAAAUAAUAAUGGACAGUUUUGAUGAGGAUGAUAGAGUCAAAGAUCCAGACUAUAAGUAUAUUGAAGAAAGUGAUGAGACUGAUGAUAGUGAGAUCUUUGAAUGGAAUGCAGAAAAUAUUAAUCAAGUUAUGGAAGAAGCAGAAAAUCAAUAUGUUGAAACAGAUGAGGAGAGAGAAGAAAUGCACAUUGAACCACAAAACAAGGAAGCAGAUAAUGAGGCAGAAGAAAUGCACAUUGAACCACAAAACAAGGAAGCAGAUAAUGAGGCAGAAGAAAUGCACAUUGAACCACAAAACAAGGAAACAGCAGAUCAGGUGGUAGAAAUAGACAAUGAAACAGAAAAAAGAAAUGCUUUUGAAGCAAAAAGUUCUGAUCUAAACUUAGAUGAAUUACCAUGCAAAAGAGUGCUCGAUGACACUGAUUGUCUCUUUGAUGCAACUUAUCCAAAAGUUUUCAUCAAAGUAUUUAAAAAGCAAAACACAAAAUCUAAGCACAACAGAGUAUAUGAUUGUAUCCAUGCAUGUAUUUUCUGUAAUAAACUUUUCACAAACAUACAAAGUCAUUUAGAGAACAAACAUUCAAAUAAAAUGAAAGAGAUAACUGAACUGAAGAAGCAUGUAAAAGAAGCAAAUGAAGAAGAAAAAAAGAAUUUGAAAAAAUCUCUUUCCUUGAAAUUGAACCUUCUGAGAAACAAGGGUGAUAACAUACAUAACAUGAAAGUCCUAAAACAUAAAGUAGGUGAACUUAUACUACCAAGACGAACUUCUACUGGAAAAUUUGUAUUGAAUGAAUAUGGACCCUGUCCAAACUGUUAUGAGUGGAUGAUACUUAACAUUUCAAUUACAAAUCACCAGAAAACUUGCCCAGCAAAAACUCAGCAUGAUUACCAUAAGGGUUCGACAAUGGUUCAAGUAGGAAUAUUAACGGGAAAGGUUCAAUAUAAAGGAUCACAUAGAUUGUUAAAAGAAGUAUUCCCUAUUAUGAAGAAAGAUGAUAUUACUGAUGUUGCAAUUAAAGAUCCUUUAAUUUUAGCAUUAGGAGAUGUUUGGUUAAUGAAAAAUGUUGAUAAUAAAAGGAAAAGAAAGUAUUAUGCUAGUUAUCACAUGCGGUUAGCAUCAAGACUAAUAAGUGCAUUUAGAAAACUUUCUGCAAAUAAAGACAACACAACAAUGAGCAAGAUGCUUUCACCAGAGAAUUUUGAUAAUGUAGCAAAAUGUGCACUUGAAAUUUGUACAGACAAAGAUGGGGAACUCAAGCAUCCAAGCACAGCUGUUAAAUCAGGUUUUGAUAUAAUGAGAAUGGUUUCAUCUAAACUUGGCAUUUCAAUUAAGGAAAGAGAUGAAACAAUGAAGAAAGAGGCAUCAGACUUCCUUUUUCUUAUGAAAAUGGAAUGGAGCAUUAGAGUCAAUAAACUUGCAAGAUCAAUUUUAUCAGAGAGACAAUUCAACAACAAAAAAGAGCUUCCCCACCCGGAAGACAUUGCAAAUUUCGCAUCUUUUCUAAUCAAAGAGUGCCAAUCACUAGACAUUGAUCCUGCUACUGCUGAUGGAAACACAUUCAGACAGACAGCCAUGUUAGUACAAACACGUCUUUUGUUGUACAAUCGCAGGCGACCUGGGGAGCUUGAGGCUAUGAGUUUGGAGUGUUACAGAAAACGAUCUACUAGUGUCAGUGAGACAGACAUCUCUUUAAGACAGCAACUGACUACCCUUGAGAAAAAAAUGCUUCAAACCCAGGAAUUAGUGGAGUUGAGAGGAAAAAAUGGCACCAGAGUACCAGUUAUCUUACCUCCUGAAGUUGUUCCCAGUAUAGAAUUCCUUGCUAAUAAGAUUGUGCGGGAAAAGGCUGGAAUCAAAGAGGAGAACAUGUACCUUUUUGCUAAUACUGCUUUAGAUGUUGUGAGGGCAGGUGAUAGCCUUGAACAACUGAAAACUCAAUGUGGCUCAUUAAAAUAUCCAGAAAGAAUAUAUGCAACCAACCUGAGGAAGCAUUGUGCUACCAUUGCACAAGUUAUAGGGCUUACUGAUCAUGAACUGAAAUACUUGUGCCGACAUUUAGGACAUACAGUCCAAGUGCAUGAAAUGCACUACCGAAGUACAUCAGGGCUUAUUGAAAGAUUGGAGAUUGCUAAGUUAAUGCUUAUGCAAGAAAAUAAUAUGGUUGGAAAAUUUCAAGGGAAAACGUUAAAGGAUAUAACAUUUGAAGAAAUUAUGCAGAAAGAAGAAAAUGAAGAAGAGGUUCAGAGAGAGGAACCUGUAUCACUAGAAGAUACAGGUAUGGAUCAUGUGGAUAUGGAGUUUCUUGAAGAUGAUGGUGACAACAUUUUGAAAAGCAGGAAAAAGGCCAAAAAAAGCACAAGGAAGAAGUGGACAACUACAGAAAUACAAGAGCUAGAAAAGUACAUGCCACAAUAUUUUAAAAAAGAUGAUAAUCCCAAGAGAACAUGUCCGACUAGGGCAGAAUGUUUACGUGCUGUCAAGUUAAGUGAAGAAAAUGGUGGAGAACUAUUCAAGAGAACAUGGGAAACCAUUAAAAAAAAAGUGUAUAAUUCUGUUAUUAAAAAUUAGAUGACCUGACCUAAAAUGGCUGAAAGAAGUGCAUUACAUUUGUAAAAUGUUUAUUCCGUAACAUUAUCAGGUUUUGAGAACACUCAUGUAGAUUGCAAACAUAUAACCUUAUCUAAAAAUGGCAAUAUCUUGUUCUGCAUUAAUAACACAAUAGAAUUUGAGUGUUGACAUCAGGGAUGGGGUAAUCAUAAUCUGUAAUCAUAAUCGAUUGUAAUUGAUUACAUUUUUUCAAGUAAUCGACAGUAAUCUGUAAUCGACCAUAUUUUCAAUUUUAAUACAUGUAAUCGUAAUUAAAUCGAUUACACAGCUACUUUUGCAUAGGUACUAUUUCUUGACCAAAAUCUAUAGUACUGGAAAUCUACUUUUAAUAUUCAGUAUUAUUUUGUUACUUUAAAAUUAUUGUAAUAUUUAGGUACCUUUAUUUUACAGUACUUGAUUUGUACUUGUAAUUUAAGUACUACAGAUUUUUUGUUGCAUUGUUACAUUUUCAGCAUUUUGAAAGUGUCUUUUUCAAAUCUCAUAAAGUUAUGAUGUUCAAACAUUGAAUACAGUGAUCAUUGUUGGUAUUAUUUUUGUACCAAUAUUUUAAGUACAAAUCAAGUACCUAAAUAUUACAAUAAUUCUAAAGUAAAGAAAUAGUACUAAAUAUUAAAAGUAAAUUUCCAGUACUACAGAUUUUAAGUACAGAAACAGUAACUAUGCAAAUCGAUUACAGCAAAAAUUAUGAUGUAAUCAUCGAUUACAUUUCUAUUACUUAAGUCAAAUAGUUUGAUAAAAUAAAACCUAUAAUUUAAAUGAAAAUAGACAACUGCAUGUAUUCACCAGUUUAUAGUACUGCUAAAAUAUAAUGUAUUAAUACUACUUGAGAGUUUAUCAUAUACCUCAUUUAGAUCUCCAUUAAGAUUAACCAGAUCUUACAAAUUUUACUUUAUUUUCAGCUUUUGAAAUAAAUGUCAGACUUAAUGUUUGUCAAUAUUUCUAGACAUUUUAUAUAAUACACAAAAAUGCUAAAAACACGGAAUAGAUUCAAAAUUGAAAAAUACGUGUAGUCCCAAGUUAAGGAUAAGAUAAAGAUAAGAUAAAUAAUAGUUUAUUAAAGUGUCACAUAUUGAUCUACAUUGAAAUACAUAAAAAACGUUAACAUCAUAAAAAAAAGGAUCAAUACCCAGCCUAUAAAGACUUACGAGACACUGUAUAUACAAAUAAAAGUUAUAAAAAGUUAAGUUAUGUACUACAUUGAGGUAGUACAUAGGCAUAAUUGUAAUAAAAUUCCUUAAAGCUUAAUUAAAAAAAAGAACUAAAUUACAGAAAUCGCUCAAAUUUUCAAUAGUAUAGUACAUCUUAUUUGAAAAUAAUAAUAAAAAACAUAUAGAUCACCAAUAAGUGAAAAUAGAUAUUUCAAUUUUAAUGCCAAAAAGUUGCAUUUUUGCACCAAAGGGAGAUAAUUUGAUAAUCAAAGACUUCUUAUCAAUAAGACGCAGACUUUGUUUUGAUUUCAAUUAUGUCUAAUUAAUUAUAAGUGAGAGAUUUAUUACAUUAUAUAUGCCUUAAGGUUUUAAAAGGUGCAAUUAGGGGGAUUAUCCAAACAAUAGGAUAAAUUCAUUCAUGUAAUUAUAAAUUAUAAACUUCCAUCUUUUAAAAUUAAAUCAACUAUUAUUUUUUUUAAUUUUUGUUAAUAAUUAUUUUCAGAGGAAACCUCUCACAUUGCAAAGAAUUUUCUUUAAAUAUUUAUAUGAUAAAAAUAAGUUCAUAUCAAACUUAAGUCAGGAUGACAGCAAAACUUUGCAAACUAUUGAGAAAAUGACCUGCAAUAUAAAGAAGCAUUUGAUACAUUUCUUCAUUUUAUAGCGUGUAAUUGACAGUAAUCGAUAAAGUAAUGUAAUAACUUUUGAUAAAGUAAUCAGUUGUAAUCUAUUACAUAAUGGAUUACAUACAAAAAUAAGUGUAAUCAAUUGCACAAAAAUCCUUCAUGUAAUCGAUUAUUAAUCGAUUACAUUUGUUAGUAAUCGACAUUGUAGACCAUCUAUAAUGUAGCCAAAUUUUAUCUUUUUUUUAUAUGAUUUCAAAAAAAAGUAGAGUCAGGUGAGCGAUACAGGCUCUUGAGAGCCUCUAGUUAAAGAUAGUACUUGUUUAACUGCAUGUUCUUGGAAAUAUUUGUUCAUUUUUAUGAGGUUUUUUGUGUUAUAUCCCAUAGUUCAUAGCAAAACCACCUGAUUUCCUUAAAAAUGGCCGAAAGAAGUGCAUUACAGAAUUUGUAAAAUGUUUAUUCUCUACCUAAAACAUUAUCAGGUCUUGAGAACACUCCUGGUUUUUGUCCUGACUUCAAAUAUAGAUUGCAAACUUAUAACAGCAUUUAAAAAUGGCAAUAUCUUGUUAGGGUUUUCUUUUACUGUUUUGUUAGAAGCAGAAAAAGUUACAGAAUUCUGCAUUGAUAACAAUAUAGAAUUUGAGUGUUGACAUUGUGGAACAUUUAUAAAGCAUAGACAGGUACAUGAACUGGUAUUGAUGUUAACAUUUUUGCAUGAUCACAUCAGUGUGUAUAAUUCUACUGUGAAGUUGGUAAUUUAAAUGUUCUAUAUAUAUUUUAAAAAGGAAAAAUAGUCCAUCGCUGCUAAAAGCAAAUUAUUAUUUCACUAUUUCACUUUCAUUAAUGAUUGAACAAACAAAAAUCAUAUUUUAUUAUUUUUGUAUCUCGUAGCUUAUGCCCCUUAAAGAGCUUAUUUAUACAGAUAUUCCACAAUGCAAUUUCAAAAUGAGAAGAUAAUUAAAACCGCAUGAUUGAUAUGGAGUCAGAAUUACCUGUUGGAAUUAUCAUAUUCAUUUCGGACUUGUUCAGACAACAACUUUGAUGUAUUAGAAAUAUACUUUGAUAGGAACAACUCGCUUUGUAGUCCAUAUCAUAAAAUUUAUGGCAAUGUCAUUGUCUGUAGACAUUUUGUUUCCAGACAAUAAGUUGAGUUUUAAGUGUAUGAUCUCUACAAGCAUUUUUCUGCUUUCCAUACAAUAACACGAGUUAGGUGUAUGGAUCUUGUUAACAUCACUACAUGGUUCCAUUCCACAAAAGUAAGGAAGGGAUUGAUUUUUGGGGUAAUUUCCUUAACUGUUUGGAAAUGGUGUUAAAAACAAGCAUUUUAUUUUAACUGUUGAAUUUAUUUAUUGUUUUGGACAAAUUUUAACGGAAUUAAUUUUGAGUCUUGAAUUAAUGGGAUUCUUUGAUGUUUUGAAUCUUUCCGUAUAUUUUGGUUUUGCUACCAAUUUUCAUGUGGGGGUCAAAAUAGGGUCCAAAAUGAAACUUAAAUUGAUUUCAACAAAAAUUGAAUUCUUGGGGUUUGUGAUGUACUUAAUCUAACGAUGUACUGGUAUUUGGAUUUUGGAUCUCGGGUCCUGUUUUCAAAUUUGUCCAAAUCAGGGUCAAUUUUUUUUGCCUUUGCUUAUCUGUCUAACUUACUUUUAGACAACCAUUAACUUCUCUGGAAGGGUUUAGUUUUAUAAAUAUUUCUUUACUCAUUUUCUAAAUUCCAAAUAAUUCUUAAUUUAGAUAAUAGCUUGUUUGAAACAGUUAUUAACUUUGUGCCUUUUCAGAAAAGUACUUUAUGUAAUUAUUAUUUUAAUUUGCUUUGUUUUGUUUUAUUUUUGAGGCAUUUCUCAUUAGAGAUAAUUUAUUUUAAGUUUAUUAAAACUGGCAGUAGAGUUAAAUUUGGGUUUUUAGUAUUAUAUCUUUAGAUUGUGAUUUGCUAGGUAUUUUCCAUAGAUAAAUGAUGAAAUAAAUUACAGAUAAAAGUCACCUCCCUUACAAUGUUUUUGCUUAUAAUUUAUGUUAAGCUGGCGUUAUAUUUUUAAAUCUUAUUGAGAGGUUUGAUGAUUCACAUAUGUUGUUAGACUCAUUGUUCUAUUUUAUAUUUUAUUUGAAGUGCUGAAUUUAACCAUGUAUUAAGAUCAUAGAUAAAUGUCCAAUUGUAAAGUUUUAA